AGGGUGGUCAAAGUUCCCCGGUCCAAAGUCAACAAACAUCCACAGUCUUAAGAUGAAGGAUCCUAUCAGCACCUGCUCUUACAACCAACUCUAUCAAAAUGUGAAACGAUUUUCAAAAGCUGGGGAGUACUUCUGCAAAGAACUUAUGACCGUUUUUCAGCAAAGGGCUGAACUGGAGCUCACUUAUGCUAAAGGACUACAAAAACUUGCUGGCAAACUCAUCAGGGCCUCCAAAGGAAUGUCAAACAAUUCCACCUACAGCGCCUGGUGUCAUGUGUCAGAUGAGAUGUACUCAAGAGCAGACGCCCACAGAUCAUUAGGAAAUGCAUUUCAACAAGAAGCAAUUCUGGAAAUACGACAAGUAUUAGAUGAGCACACUAAGAGGAAGAGGCCUCUUGACAGCACCAUUGAAAGAACUGGAAAACUUGUUACUGUUAACUGGAACGAGCAACUCAAGAUAAAGAAGAAACUGACUGGCUUGACAAGAGAGCAUGAGGCUUUGUUCAACUUUGUUGAGAGCAACAAACAGAUUUCCACAGAGAAAGAAAAGCAGAAGAUGCUGAACAGGCUGACUAAGUCGGCAGAGAUGCAGGCGCGGGUGGAUGAGGAGUACUUUAAAAUCAACAUGGAGGGUCAUCAGAUGAGACUCAAGUGGGAAAACACACUGAAAAACUGCUACCAGAUCAUACAGGAGCUGGAGAAACAGCGAAUUGAAGUGCUGUGCAACAUUUUGAAUAGACACAACCUCCACUUGUCCAGCUUUGGGCAGACCCUCCAACACGGCCAGAGACAGAUAGAGCAGGCGGUCCAAAGGGUGGACAUGGAUAAAGACAUACAAACCCUGGUGGAGGAAAACAGCAUCACAGAUGUAGACAGCAAAGCCGAGUUUCUGAUGGCUGAUUAUUUUGAGGAAGACAGCAAAUCGCUGAUGGGCAAAGACCGAAGAAAAGAGGCCAUCCAACUCAAACUCCAGCGUCUGGAGGACAGCAUUGCAAAAACGAAGAAAGACCAUGAAGGAGUUGAAAAACUGAUGAAAACGUACUCUGAAAAUCCAUCUUUUUCAAACCAAAAGAACCUUGAGGAAACCGAACAGCAGCUGGACGAGAGUACUCUAAAACUGGAUCUCCUCGAGGCCACGCACUACAAACUCUCUGCAUCGCUGUCUGAAUUAGAAGGAAAACCAAAGUCCUUUCACCGAUUUAAAGACAGCAUUGUGAAAUGGAAAGAUAAGGACUGUGAGCACAGUGUUGUUCAACUGACUCGUCCAGUCAAACUCAGGAGGACCCCAUUCAGAUCCCGACAGUCACUGAGAGCAUCCAUCAUUUACAAGGGGCCUGCUCUGUUUGUGACCCAGCAGUCUGCAGAGGCUUUACCAAGCAACCAGGUCACUUCCACAGCUGCAGCACAAGAAACUGUAGCUGCAGAGUGUGACAGCACAGUUAACGGAGCCCUGCCUCACACCGAUGAGGACAAAGAACAAGGUCAAAUAAAACCAGAGUCGAGCUGUAUCGGAAAAUGCAAGGCCCUGUACAGUUUCACACCUGAACAAGAGGAUGAGUUGACUUUGAAAGAAGGAGAUCUUCUAGACAUCUACGAAAAGGAAGAGAAUGGUUGGUGGUUUGGUGAACUUAAUGGGAAGACCGGCCAUUUUCCAUCAACCUACGUUGAAGAGCUGCCUCUGUUAAGCAAAGUCAAGUCAUCUGAUGCCUGACUGACUCAUAAACACCAAAA